AUGCCUGUCAUAAAACCGUUGAGCUCAGAUUCGUACGAUGCGCCUAGCCAGUUCAAACAGCCCUCUCGAAAGGGGAAAAAGGCUUGGAGGAAAAAUGUCGACGUGACCGAGGUGCAGAAGGGAUUGGAGGAAUUGAACGAGGAAAUUAUAGAAGGUGGUGUUAUUCGCGAAAGGGACUCCGCGGACCUCUUCGCCAUCGACGUCAAAGGCGACUCACAGAUUUCGAAAAAGCUUCCCAGACAUGCCAGCAAGACUCUCAAGGCCGAUGAGAUUCUCAACAAGCGAUCUGCAUUACCGGCAGUAUCGAUGCGCAAGCGAGCAAGCGACAAGACCACAAACGGAUUGCUACCUGUGAAGCGGCUGCGUAGCGACUGGGUAUCGCACAAGGACCUAGCCAGACUGAAGCGAGUUGCCGACGGCCAGCACGAAACCGCCAUACAGAUCAAUGACGCCACAUUUGACCUGUGGGAUGCACCCAAAGAAGAACCCGAAGCCAACCUCGACCAUACAAAACUAAACGUCAAGGUGCCCAAGACCAUGAAGCAGGCGCCCAUCUCCCUGGUCGCUAGCGGCAAGGCCGUGCCCGCUGUCCAAAGGCCGACCGGUGGCUACAGCUACAACCCGGUGUUCACAGACUACGAGGAGCGCCUCGCCGGGGAGGGCGAGAAGGCGGUGGAGGCCGAGAAGAAACGUCUCGCUGCCGAGGAGGCCGACCGGAUGAAGCAGGAAGCGGCCGCCAAGUCCGCCGCCGAAGCCGAGGCCGCCGAGGAGCGCGCCAACAUGUCUGAGUGGGAAGAGGACUCGGAGUGGGAGGGUUUCCAGAGCGGCGUCGAGGACACCGCACCCGCGGCGAAGCGGCCGAAGCGCAAGACGCACGCCCAGCGCAACCGCAUCCGCCGCCGCCGCGAGGAGGAGCAGCUCGCCAAGCACAAGGCCGCCAUGAAGGCGCGCCGCACCCAGGAGGCGCGCAUCGGCGAGAUCGCUGAGGAGCUGGACGAGACGGCGCAGGCCCGCGCCCUGGCGCUCCUGGCCGGCGAGGACAGCGGCAGCGAGGGCGAGUUGCGCGGCACCGGCGGCCAGAAGCUGCGCCGGCGCCAGCUCGGCAAGUACAAGCUGCCGGAGCGCGACCUCGAGCUCGUCCUUCCCGAUGAGCUGCAGGACUCACUGCGCCUGCUCCGCCCGGAGGGCAACCUCCUCACCGACCGCUACCGCAGCAUGCUCGUCCGCGGCAAGGUCGAGAGCCGCAGGCACAUCCCCUUCCACAAGCAGGCCAAGCGCAAGACAACGGAGAAGUGGACGCACAAGGAUUUCGUGCUGUGA